AUUAAUAAUACAUGAAUCGUAUAAAACGGCACAAUAAACGAAUCUUGAUCCAUGUGCAUCGUUUUCAUUUGCAAAAAUCGUUGUGUCCUAUAAACAUUUUACUUAACAUAAAUAGAUCUUAAUCUGCACGUAUCAUUUUUGCUCGCAAAUAAAUGAAAAUAAUUAUUUUUAUAGCAAAACUUUUUCCUUACAUCGUCACACAAUACUCAAGAACACAUGAAUCGUAUAAAACGGCAUAAUAAACGGACCCUGAUCCAUUAUUUUUUUUUGCAAAAAUUGUAUCAUACAAACACUUCAAUCAACAUAAAUAGAUCCUAAUCUGCCGUAUUACUUUUGCUCAAAGCAAAGAUAAUUCCUACCCUAAAACUUUCUUUUCCUAUCUAAUAAAUCGAACACACGAAUCAUAUAAACCGACAUAAUUAACCCUGAUCCAUCGUUCGCAAAACAGAAGCGUAAUUCUUGCCCUUCGUUAUCGAACGCGUGUAUCGGGCUUCGCACACAAAAACCACCGUCUUGGCGCGCUUGCGAAGUUUUCGUCGUCCCUCCGCCCGAGAGGCGGCCGAGUUUGCGCCAGUUGGUCUCGCGCCGCACGGGGAGACGCGCGCCGCCGACCGCUCCGCUCCGCUUCCGGCCACCUCGCGCGCGCUCCUCGCCAGUCUCGCUCGUCCGCUCGUCCCACGCUCACGUCUACCGGCCGCUAUGCCCGCCGACUCCAACUCGCGCCACCGCGCCACCGCUUGACGAUCCGUUCUCGCUCCUCGCCCCCGCCUCACCCCUCCUCACCCCUCCCCGUCCGUUCUCUCCUCCCCCCGCCGCCGCUCUCUCGAUCGUCGCGAUCGCGUCCCCUUUCGCGUGAAUCGCGGGUGUGUGAACAGAGAGGAGUUGGUUUGUGGAACGAAGCAGUGUUGGAAGAAGAAUUGGCUGGAGAAAGGAUGAACUGAACAGGGUUGGGAUAUAUUUCUUCGAAGAAGAAGGAGGAGAGUGGUGCGAAAUCGUGAGAUUUGGAAAAAUUUGGAUGAAUUUUGAAUGUGGAUGCGGGUCAGGGAAAUGAGAAUAUUUGCAAGAAUAAGUACGUAUCUCGAAAGAAUUGUUGAAAAAGAUUGAACACGUAGGUUAGGUAAGAGGAAAACAUCGUCGUCGAGGAUCGUAGUAAGAAAAAUCCGUGGGGAGAAGUAUUAUUUCUGGAGGAUAAAAAAUUCCAAGAAAUUGCCGAUUUUAAUAAUUCAAUGGAAUAAUAAUAAUAAUAAUAAUAAUAAUAUUCGUAGGAUCGAUAAGAUCUGAGAAAGAAUUUAUAUAACGAGUUUCAGAGAUCGAGAAGAAGAAGAAUAUUAUCGCGCCAGGAAUCGUAAAUAUUUCGAGAAAAAUUAUGGAUCUUACGAAUUCAAUCGAAGAACGAGGAUAUCGUUGCCGUAAGAUUUCGAAGAUUUCGAUCCUUGAAUAAUUCAUAUGCUCCAAGAUUUGUAUAUAAAAAAAGAAGAAAGAAACAUCGUUGCGGAGGAUAAUGAGAUCCCAAAGAAUUUUAAUCCUCGUUUCUUCAAAGAAUCUCAUUGCGGAAGAAUCGUAGGAUAUCUUCAGGUGUAGAAUAAUAUAAAAUUCUAGAUUCAAAGUUACAAGAGGAACACAAUGCUACAACGCUUGCCAGAAUUAUCGCGACAGGGUUAACAGUAUCUCCAGGCUUUCGAGAGGUGGACGAUCGCGAGGUUUAAUCGGAGGCCUGUAAAUCUCCUUUCGUGUCUCGCCUCCAUUCCCGUAAACGUUUCAGAUAAGUGGAAGAAUAAUCAAGUGAACCCAUCUAUUUACCGUAUAUAUAUAUAUAUAUGUAUACCAUCGAACACGUGCAAGAGGGAAUCAAAAAGUGUUUUUUCCAAAUGUAUAUUCAUCUUCUUCAAACUUCUUUGCCCGAGUUUAACGAGCUCGUUUCUGCGUUGUAAUAUAACGAAGUUCUAAGAAAUUCUAAGUCUCGAUUUGGAGGAACGAUAACGCGAAUAAAAACGAUAAACAGUGCGGAAUUUGUGUCGAUACAAUUUUAGAGAGAGUGAGACGAGGAUGAAAGGACGGAUGGUUGGUGCGUCGUAGCAAGGUCGAUGAAGAUACGAGCUGGCCAUACGGAAACUGGCCAAGGAAGUGUUCGGUUGGAUUAUUGACAGGAGGAGCUGGAAGAAAAUGGAAAACGGGCCGAUGAAACGUUCAGAUUGGAAGGGUUGACGAUUCGAUCGUUUCGAUUAAUCGUUCGAUAAUACGUAAUAUACGUGAUUUUCACCGAUCCUGCGUGUCUUUUCUCUUUCCAGUUUUCGAGGAUUCUUUCAAAUCUGAUCGUUUUUUCUCCUGCGGUGCCGGAAGAAACGAAUUGUCCCACCGAUUCCUGGUGUGUUCGUAAUCGGAAAUUAUGAGGUGGUUCUGGAUCAUCGUGCUAAUAGCCCUGGCGCUGCCAGCAGCCGUGCCACGAAAGACGCAUCGCAGCAAACCAACGCCGAGGCUCUAUGGGGAGAGGGUGCCUGUCAAGUUGCUGAGAACGAGCAACAGCAAGGUCCGACAGAAGAUCGUCGAUACCCAUAACUAUCUUCGCACCCAGGUCAAGCCUCCAGCUGCUAAUAUGCUGGUCAUGAAAUGGCAUCCAGGCUUGGCCAAAGCUGCGCAAAGAUGGUCCAAUCGAUGCCUUGGAUUGGUGCACGACAACGCGACUGGCCUAUAUUUGGAUGGUUUCGGGCAGAGCGGACAAAACAUCUUCAUUACGACGAGAAGGACAUUGUGGAAUUUCCCGAUCAGAAUGUGGUACAUGGAGUACAAAGACUACAAAUACGGAGACGACGAGGCGAACGAUCUACACGAAAUCGGGCAUUACACCCAAAUCGCGUGGGCGACCACGCAUCUCGUGGGCUGCGGCGUGAGCCACUGCACCGGUGGCAGAGGACCACUUGGGAAGGAUUUCUUCAUGUACGUCUGCAACUAUGCCCCGAGCGGGAAUUACAAAGGUCGGCUGGGCCACCCGUACGUCGCCGGCAAACCGUGCACCAUGUGCAACGAGCACUGUUCGAGGAACAAGCUUUGCACGAACGCGUGCCACCACGUCGAUCUCUGGUCGAACUGCGUCGAGCUGGCGAGGAUGUUCCGCUCCUGGGUCUGCGAGACGAACACUAGCGAGGGCCGCGAGCGGCGGAAGUUCUGCGGUGCCACGUGCAAUUGCGAGGGAAAGAUCUACUAUCACCACGGGUAGUGAACGAUCCUCCUUCGCCCAUUUCCCCUCCCCCUUUCGGCACGUAACGCCGACACGAUCGAGGCAUCUGAGCCGAGAUAAUUCCAGGAUUUUGGAGGCGGCGCGUUUUCGAGGCCUUCGACUGGUCGCUGGCCGCGUGGAACGAUGUGGGAAAUUUUCCUCGCGGUUCGUUUUACACUUUGCUUAUAUUGUUUAUUAGGCAUCGAUAAUGUUGAUGAAAGUUUAAAUGGUCGAUAAAUUUAAAAAACUGAGUAAUCGACUCGAUUCGGAUCGAAAGAUCGAAAGGUUCAAACUUUUCGUGUACAAUUAAUUCUUAGAGGAACGAAAAAAAUAUUCGAAGAAAUAUUUUUUUUAAAUGUGGGAAAUUUUCCUCGCGGUUCGUUUUACACUUUGCUCAUAUUGAAUCGUUUAUUAGACGUCGAUAAUGUUGAUGAAAGUUUAAAUGAUCGAUAAAUUUAAUUUAAAAAAUCGGACGAGUAAUCGACUCGAUUCGAAUCGAAAGAUCGAAAAGCUUCUCAAACAAUUUCGUGUACAAUUAAUUCUUAGAGGAAAAGUAAAAAAAUUCGCGCGAGGAAAUAUUUUUUUUAAACGUGGGAAAUUUUCCUCGCGGUUCGUUUUACACUUUGCUCAUACUGAAUCGUUUAUUAGACGUCGAUAAUGUUGAUGAAAGUUCAAAUGGUCGAUAAAUUUAAAAAACCGAGUAAUCGACUCGAUUCGAAUCGAAAGAUCGGAGAUUCUUAAACAAUUUCGUGUACAAUUAAUUCUUAGAGGAACGAAAAAAAUAUUCGCGCGAAGAAAUAUUUUUUUUAAACGUGGGAAAUUUUCCUCGCGAUUCGUUUUACACUUUGUUCAUACUGAAUCGUUUAUUAGAUGUCGGUCGAUAAAUUUAAAAAAUUGGACGAGUAAUCGACUCGAUUCGAAUCGAAAGAUCGAAAGGUUUCUCAAACAAUUUCGUGUACAAUUAAUUGUUAGAGGAACGUAAAAAAAUUCGCGCGAAGAAAUAUUUUUUUUAAACGUGUCCUCUUAGGAAGUUUUCCUCCACGCGUUGCAAAUCACUUUCGGCACAUCCCUUUUAGUCGCGGGGUAAAUAUCAUUAGAUAGGAUAUUUCGAGGGAGAAAGUGAGGAAGGAGAGAGGGAGGAGAUAAAGCGGGGCACAAUCGCGAAGCAGACGAGAAAGUAAAUUGAGCUGGAUCAGCUUGUUCUCGCCUCUCGAGAAGAGUUUGACUUUUCAGAACUCCCUCCUCCUCGCUUUUAAUAUAUUUUAUCGAGCGUUCCUUCGUUUUACGUGUUCAAAGAUUCUUCGAUAAACUCGCGAUUUUAAUUUUUAAAUUAAAUUAAAAAGGAACGAAGAAUCUGAAUUUUCUCCUCGCGAAUAAAGAGAAGAAUUGGACGCAAUAUUCGACCGCAAUAUUGAACGAUAAAAUUAUAAAACGCUGCGAUUAUUUUUCUUUGGAGGAAAACUUCAUCCCUUCGUAGCAACGAUCUUUGACUGAAUAUUAUUAUUAUCUCGCGAUGAUAUUCUAUUCGUCAAAUUUAUUUCUUUCCUGUUCUAAUACGAAGAGAAAAAAAAAUAUGAUCGAAGAAUUGCACAGAAUCUGGACAUAAUGUUCGACCACAAACGAAGAUAAAAUAUAAUAAAUAUUGAACGAUAAAAUAUAAAAUUAUAAAAGGUUGCAAUUAUUUUUCUUUGGAGGAAAACUUCACUCCUUCGUAGCAACGAUCUUUGACUGAAUAUUAUUAUUAUCUUGCGAUGAUAUUCUAUUCGUCAAAUUUAUUCCAAUUUCUUUUCUGUUCUAAUACAAGGAGAAAAAAGAAAAAUAUGAUCGAAGAAUUGCACAGAAUCUGGACACAAUGUUCGACCACAAACGAACGAUAAAAUAUAAUAAAUAUUGAACGAUAAAAUAUAAAAUUAUAAAACGUUGCAAUUAUUUUUCUUUGGAGGAAAACUUCACCCCUUCGUAGCAACGACCUUUGACUGAAUAUUAUUAUUAUCUUGCGAUGAUAUUCUAUUCGUCAAAUUUAUUUCUUUCCUGUUCUAAUACGAGGAAAAAAAAAUAUGAUCGAAGAAUUGCAGAGAAUCUGGAUACAAAAUUAAAGGAUAAAAUAUAAAAUACGAAUUAAAUAAAUUAUUUCUCUUCAGAGGAAAACUCCAUCCCUCUAUCGUUAUUUUAUUAAAUCGAAUUUUAUCAUCGUAACGUAUCCAAAAAGAAAAAUUAUGUUUCUAAUUCUUCGUUUUCAUUAAGAAUGAACGAUCGAGGAACAGUUCCCCCGUUUGGUCCACGGAUUCACUCGUUCGACAACUCUCGCCGUCCCGUCCGGAAAUUUACUCUAUUUUCUUCGAGCCCUCUUGGCUCGCCUUUCCCGUCGAUCGAACAAUCGGGAACAAUCCCCUGAAGGCGAGCCACGAUGGGGUUGGGAAUGGCCGAGGAGUAAUGGAGGACGGAGGGAUAAAAGCCGCGAAGUAAACGGAGAGAAUCACGGCGAGAAUCCUUUUGAUAUUUGUAAACGAGUAAGAGUGUGUCUAUGUAUAGACGUGCAUGCGGUGUGUAAAUACGUAAUAGAUAAGAGAUAAAUAGAGAUAAAUAAAUGAAUAAUUAAAAUUAAAAUUCGUAGGUGAAGAAAGGUUGGUUGGGUGUUUCUCGGUGCUCUAUUAGAUUCUGUCGUUUGACUCUGGACGUUCUGGCGAGCUGUCGAUAAACAAUCAUUGCUUUAUUAUUGACUUGGAUGGACUUUUGGAAAAUAUGAAUUAACGAAAACUUGUUUAAGAUUCGAUUAAUGAUUGUAAUAUUUAAUUUAAGCAGUACGUGUUGAUGGAAAAUGUAAUUAAACGCUGCAAUUUUAAUUAAAAGUUGAUCCGAUAUUGUGAUCAGGAAAUAAUUUUAAGAAGAAAAUUAUUCUUAAAUAUUAAUUGGUAAGUUAAUAAAUUUUAAUAAACACCACGAUCCUCGAUAUAGGAUAUAGAUCGAUAUUUCAUUAUCACUUUUUCUAUUUUAGUAUCAUUUUUAAUAAUCGACAUCUCAUCGUUGUAUAAAACUCGAAAAGAAUUUUUAAAAUUUUAUACAAUUUCGAUUCGUUCUAAUAAUUACGUAUAUUUUAUAUUUUAAUUCAUCGUACAAGUUAAUUAAUUUUAUCGACGAGCUCGCACGUCGCCUAAACUGGGACUAAAAAAAAAAAAAAAAAAGAAAAAAAUAUGUAUAAACGUAACCGGAACCCCUAUCUCUUAACGUGUUUAGCGAUGUAAGGUUAUACGAUAGUCAAUGUAUGAACACAUGAAAUUGCGUUUACAGUUUAAUCUCGUGAUUUUGUUUAAAUCUUCGAGAACUUAUGAAUGCAACCGUUUAAAUCUUCGAGAACUUAUGAAUGCAACCGUUUUAAAAAAGAAAAAGGACGAGGGAGAACAAACGAAUUAAUCGCUUUAUAAAAAUUGUAAAUAAAUUUUUCGAUCUCUACAUAUCUCCGUUCGGACGAUUAUUAGAUUAAUAGGAAUAAUUUUAAUUCCGAAUCGUGGCGAGAAAAAUUUUAUCCAUCGCGCUAUUGUUAAAAAUCAUCGUUUAACGCAUCGCAACACAACUUUUUAUAUAAAAAAAAAAAAAGGAAAAAAAAUGGAAAGAAAUUCUUCUUCUUUACUUAUAUCCAUCGCUGCAUUCACGAGUACUCGAACGAGAGAAAUAUAAUAAAUUUUUCCACCGUUAUAUUUGUAACGCUGAUACGUGAAAACGAGGAUUUCCUUUUUCUCGGAUAGAUGGAUUAAUUUACUGCUUGUGAUCGUGCAAGUGUAAUCUAAUUUUCGUUUCGAAAAAGAAAAAAGUGAGUAUGAGAAUAUUUUUCACGACACUUUGCGAAUAAUUAUUUUUUAAAAUUAUAUUCAAAUUUUUAUUUCCCAAAUUUCUAUCUAUUUUUUAAAAUUUCCCAUUUAACCCGACACUUGGCACGAUCACAAGCGCGCUCGUUUCAUCCUCGAUCGAUCCCCUCGAAUGUAUCUUCCCCAACGUAGAAUUCGUUUGCCACCUGCCUGUGUUUUCACCUUUGAAAGGAAUUAUAUUUUUCAUCGCGUCUCAAUUCUCAUCGAAAACAAUUAUACAGAAGAGAGAAGAGAGAAGAGCAAAUGAGGAGAGGAGAAAGAGCUACGAAUGGAAAGAGGGAAGCGAUGAGAGAUUUAUGGGGAGAGACGCGUGCCUAGUAAGCAAAAAAAAAAAAAAAAAUUUUUUUAAAUACCAGAGAAAAGAUGAAAAAUAUGAGACGUGAACGCGGUCGAUAAUGCAGAUUAAUCGGAUCGGCGAUUAAGUGAUCGAGCGUUACGAUGUGAGAUAACGUUUCGGCUCUUCUUCCGAAAAUCGACCGUCGAAAAAAAAAAACGUUGUAACCUGUCAUAAAUUGGUUCACUUACCGAAAUAAAGAUCCUGUAAAUAAUUAA